AUGUCUCUGCAAGGCAAAGUCGCCAUUGUCACCGGAGGCGCCCGCGGAAUCGGCGCUGGUAUCGUCCGCAGCCUAAGCCAAGAAGGCGCAAAGGUCGCAUUUAACUACGUCUCUCCCUCCUCCCGCACCGCCGCAGACGCACUCGUAACCUCACUUCGCAAUGACAACAAAGAAGCCAUCUCAAUCCAAGCCGAUAUGGCCGACACGAACGCCCCCAGCACCAUCAUCAAAGCCACAUUAGACGCCUUCCAAACCGACACAAUCGACAUCCUCGUCAACAACGCCGGCGUAGGCGACAACAGACCGCUCGAGGAUGUCACGCUAGACGCAUACACCCGCAUGAUGGACGUUAACGUCCGCGCCGUGAUCUUCAUGACACAAGCCGUCCUGCCCUAUCUCCCCAAGCCUCGCGGCGGCCGCAUCGUCAAUCUCUCCUCCAUCUCCGCGCGCGGCGGAUACCCCACGCAGUCGGUGUACGCGGCCAGUAAAGCUGCCGUCGAGGGUCUCACUCGCGUUUGGGCUACUGAACUUGGUCAUAGCUACGGUGUUACCGUGAAUGCUGUGAACCCGGGUCCUGUGGAUACGGAUAUGUACCAGGCAGCUGGGCCGGUGCAUUUGGCGAGGAUGGAGGAACAAAAUAAGAAGGUUCCGGCGGGGCAGAGGUGUGGAACGGUGGAGGAUAUUGGGGAUAUUGUGCUUUUCUUGUCGCAAGAGAGGUCGAGGUGGGUUACGGGGGAUGUUAUUUGUGCUAAUGGGGGCAUGUUGUAUACUUGA